AUGGCUACUUCACAACAUACCUCCGAAUCCAUUGGUGCGGUCGCCAUAGCUGUUAUGGCGACCCUGUCGUCGAUCUCUCUUAUUGUGGUAUCCAUGCGAAUGUACGCCCGGGCCAUCAUGCUGAGAAACUUUGGCGUCGACGACGCAUGUGCGAUCCUUGCUUGCUUGUUAACGAUCGCUGAUGCUACUAUUAUCGCAACAAAUGUUAGAAAUGGCCUUGGCUCUCAUAUUUCUACACUUUCCGGCGAACAGAUUAGUAAUUUCUUGAGGAUGUUUUACUUUUCAACCGUCGUCUAUAACAUCUCCCUUGCAGUCAUCAAGACAAUCUUUCUCCUCCAGUACUACCGAGUGAUACCCAUACGUCAGUAUAAGAAGACAUACAUUGCAUCCGUUGUCCUUGUCACUUGCUGGAAUCUUUCCCAAAUCUUUCUCAAUAUUUUUAUGUGCGUGCCUAUUGCAUCUUUCUGGGAUGUCACAAUCAAGGGCACUUGUAUUCUCAACAAAUCUUCAUUUUAUGUUGGCGCGGCGGGCAAUAUUUUGACCGACAUCUUGAUCAUGGUCCUUCCGAUUCCCGUUCUUCGUAGUUUGAAGCUCGGUCGGCGACAGAAGUGGAUUCUUAUGUCCGUCUUUUGCCUUGGCAUAUUUACGUGCCUUAUCUCACUCGUUCGUAUCAAGUUCCUCAACAUUGGCACAGAUAUCACAUGGCACAAUGUCGACUCAGCCUCUUGGUCAGUCAGCGAGUUGUGCUGUGGUAUCAUCUGCGCUUGUAUCCCAACUCUUCGGCCUCUGCUAUCUGGCGGUGACCGCGGUUCUAGCUAUGACCAAUCCUCGUAUGCAAGACAUCAAGACUCUGAGAAUAAAACCACGGCUCGCCAAACGGGUACUUCCCGGAGCUAUCAAAUGCAUGAUCUGCCCAGGACGCUUCAUUCGUCUGAGAGUAAGGAUCAGUUACGUCCCUUGGAGUCAAUAGUUGUAGUGCCUACCGAUGUCAAGCAAAACAGAAGCCGGUCGCAGCCUGGACAUGGUCCAGGAACACACCAUGUGGUAAUACAAGGAAAAGACGAACGAAGACAUAGCUUGUCCAGUGACUCUGAGGAUCCCUUUUCCAUGCACCAGGUAGUUUGA